CACACCUGCGCACACGGAGAUGCGGCGGGAGACUCAUCACCUAACACAGAAGACGCGCCGGAGGGGAGAGCGGCGGGGUGCACGAGGGAAGAGCUGCCCAGCAGGGAUGUGGAGGCUGCCUGCCACACGCUUCAACCAAUGGAUGAGCUGCCCAGCGGGGAUGUGGAGGCUGGCUGCCUCACAUGUCAGCCAAUUGAUCCCGACCCGACCAUCUUCGUUGUACUGUAUGACGAACCUACACAUCGGGCUCUCGCCCUGCCGGGUGCUCCUGUUGCCCAGCAUGCCGUUCAUCCUCACCUCUCGGCCAUCGAGUUGAAGCUUUUCUUAAUGGAGUGCGCCUGCAGGGAGGCUAAGCUGACCUAUUCGGCCCAUGCGGUCAUGAAGGAUUGCGGACCACCCCCGUUAUACCAUCCAGGAAUACUCAGGGGGCUGAGCGAGAGGCAGUAUGCCGAAAUAGUAAAGGCUCUCCUGCAGAUGCUCACGAGACGCCUCCCGGGGCAACGCACCCCUGUCUCAAACUGGUCCCUGGCCGUACAGGGUGCAGGAUUAAACCCAAUCGGCCACAUAUAUGUCUUCCGUAGCACGAAUGUGGAGGAGCUACAGGAGCUUCACAUCAGGGGUGCUUUUGCACGUAGAGCAACACCUAUACAUGUAGGGGUAGGGAAGAAGUAUAAUUACCAGACACAUACUACAAUGUUAGGGUAUACAGUAUACCAGGGAAAGGAGACCAGAGAGAGAAUGGCGAAAGGAACCACCUUUACGCCAGUGUUGUCAAAACCCCAAGGCCUGUGGCUACAGUGACAGUUUCUGAGUGCCUCUAUUGUUCCCUAAUAAGACGAGUACAGACAAUCACUCCCCGAUAUCCCUGCCUCCUCGGUGGUCGACGUCUGUAUUGUCCAUACUGUCUCCUCGGUUUUCACUCGCUGUCGUCUUCCCCGAGAACGAACGCUAUAAUGGCCGAGCGCGAGACUUCUUCUCGAAGUGAAUCUGAAUCCGAGGGCUUUUCGCUGACACUCUCGAAGGUAAA